AUAUAUUCUCUUCAUCCGAAUCUCUCUCUCUCUCUCUCAUCUCUAUCUGUACAUUUCUCUCUCUCUCUCGCUUCGAAGUUCAAACUAUGGCUGAGAGAGGGGGAGGAGGAGACCGCGGGGGUUUCGGCCGAGGCUUCGGCGACCGCGGCGGCAGGGGCGGCCGAGGCGGAGACCGCGGAGGACGAGGCGGCCGCCGCCGCGCCCCCCGCCGCGACGAGGAAGAGAAAUGGGUCCCCGUCACAAAGCUCGGCCGCCUCGUCAAGGACGGGAAGAUCCGCUCCUUGGAACAAAUCUACCUCCACUCCCUCCCCAUCAAAGAGCACCAGAUCAUCGACACCCUCGUGGGUCCCACCUUAAAAGACGAGGUCAUGAAGAUCAUGCCGGUCCAGAAACAGACCCGGGCCGGCCAGAGAACCCGGUUCAAGGCCUUCGUGGUGGUGGGCGACGGAAACGGCCACGUGGGUUUAGGGGUCAAGUGCUCUAAGGAGGUGGCGACGGCGAUACGUGGCGCGAUUAUACUGGCGAAGCUGUCGGUGGUGCCGGUGAGGAGAGGCUACUGGGGGAACAAGAUUGGGAAGCCUCAUACGGUGCCGUGUAAGGUGACGGGGAAGUGCGGGUCGGUGACGGUGAGGAUGGUGCCGGCGCCGCGGGGCGCCGGGAUAGUGGCGGCUAGGGUGCCCAAGAAGGUGCUGCAGUUUGCUGGGAUUGAGGACGUUUUUACUUCCUCUCGUGGGUCCACCAAGACUCUUGGAAAUUUCGUCAAGGUUUGGUUUUUUUGCUAGGAGUACAUCUGUGGUGGUUUAGCUAUCCUUUUUCUUUUAACAAGCAUGCUUUGGUUGAGUUUUUUGGUUUUAUUAUUUUAGCCUGCACCAUUUGAGAAGUUAUAAAAUUGUUCACAUUAGUACCAUAUUUUGAUCUAUUUUUACACGUAAGGACAAUAUGCACCAACAAUUGGGGAUGGAGGAGGUAAUAGAUUUACUUCGGUAGAAGAGUUGUUCUAUGUACUAGUAUUUAGCUUUCUGGACUCCUUUUCUCCUUGCCAUGCAACCAUAUUGUGGUUUAGGAGUUUCAUAUUUCAAACCCUCCAAUCAAUCGCUUCCGUGAGGCGUUGCGUCCGUCGGCUGCUGCCGUUGGACGUGUCAACGAAAGCGUAAAUGAAAGAUCAAGGCUGAGGAGGAUUAUAUUAACUUAUAGUCCCGCAUCACAAUUACGACUUGUUUCAGUGUCGUAGGUUGUUUCACAAUCGGCUUGAUAAAUCACCCUCUCAAUUGUUUUCCUAUCCAUUCAAAGCAAAGUAUAUACACGUACAUAGGUUUAGAUUAUUGAUGAUUAGAUUGAUUGUUGCUUCUUACUUGUGAACUCUCUCUGUUUUUUUUUGACAAAACAAGAAAUGGGGGAUGUUCAUGUUUCUGAAGCAUAGAUGUAUCGUUUGCCAGCAUUAAACAGCUCGGUGCAUCGCACAAAUAUGUUUUGUUGCACUGUGCUACCUGUCUUCUGGUAAAUUUCUUUUUGGCUUUAGCAAAAAAAAAUAAAAAAUUACUAUCCUUAUAAAUUACAAAUUACGGGAAGUGUGAAUCAUAGUUGUCAGGAUCGUACGAUGAACUCACUCUGCACCAAUCAAUCGCUCCCAUGAGGCGUUGCGUCUGUCGGCCGCUGCUGUUGGACGUGUCAAUGAAAGCGUAAAUGAAAGAUCAAGGCUGAGGAGGAUUAUAUUAACUUAUAGUCCUGCAUCACAAUUACUACUUGAUUCAGUGUCGUAGGUUGUUUCACAAUCGGCUUGAUAAAUCACCCUCUCAAUUGUUUUCCGAUCUAUUCAAAGCAAAAUAUAUACAAAUACAUAGGUUUAGAUUAGUGAUGAUUGAAUUGGUUGUUGCUUCUUACUUGUGAACUCUCUCAGUUUUUUUGACAAAACAAAUAGUGGGGGAUGUUCAUGUUUCUGAAGCAUAGAUGUAUUGUUCGCCAGCAUUAAACAGCUCGGUGCGUUGCACGAAUGUGUUUUGUUGCAUCGUGCUACCUGUCUUCUGGUACAUUUCUUUUUGGCUUUUGCAAAACAAAAAAAAAAGUACUAUCCUUGUAAAUUACGGGAAGUGUGACUAACAAUGUCAUGUUUUCUUCUGCAUAUGCUUGUUAUGAGGUUUGCAGCGUUUCUGAAGUAGUUUAGGCCACCUAGUUUCUAUGUCAAUUUCACAGUUCUAGAAAAGUACAUCAAUUGGUAUGCUGCAAGCUUACCUCCCAUAGCUUAUUUUUUGACCGACUGUAAGGAGCCAACGUACUUUUUUCAUUUAAUUAAUCUAGCUCUGUCUAUUUUCAUUUUUAGAUAGCUAUGGUAUCUAAAUAGGUUAUGUAUCUUGUCAGGUAAGUUUUUAGUAGCUCCCUUUGAUAAGCUCUAUGUGCUGAAUUCCUCUAAUUGCACUUGUAUGGUAAAAAACCGUAGUUCAAAAGCAUAUUGGUUCAAAGGAAACUAUGCUGACAACUUCUUCUCUUAAUUCCCUUGUUUCUUAGUGUUCUUUUGUUGUGGUAUUUAUGCUGGUAUAUCGCUGUGUUAUUUGCAGGCUACUUUUGAUUGUCUGAUGAAGACGUAUGGCUUCCUUACCCCCGACUUGUGGACGGAGACACGGUUUACAAAAUCUCCAUACCAA